AUGGCCUCUACUGAUGAAAAUGACGGAAAUAAAUUGGUUUUCUGCCAUUUUAUGAUGGGCAUCGUAGGCAACCGCCAAAGUCCAUAUGACUAUGAUGGUGAUAUGAGACGUGCCAGAGAUGCAGGCAUCGACGCAUUUGCAUUGAAUAUUGGCACCGAUGCUUACUCCGACACCCAGCUGAACUAUGCAUAUGAUUCUGCUGCCAACAAUAGCAUGAAAGUGUUUAUUUCCUUCGACUUCCACUGGUGGCAACCCGGCCAGGAGGGCGAAGUUGGCGCCAAAAUCGCGCAGUAUGCACGCCAUCCUGCGCAGCUCCUGGUCGACGGGAAAGUCUUUGUGUCGUCAUUUUCGGGCGACGGUAUCGAUGUCAAUGCAAUCAGAUCGGCUGCUGGCAGCGAUAUCUUCUUUGCCCCGCAUUUCCAGCCCGGUCAUGGUGAUUUCGAAAAUAUCGAUGGUGCCCUCAACUGGAUGGGCUGGGACAAUAAUGGACAUAACAGGGCUCCGACUGCCGGGCAGGAGGUCUCUGUUUCAAAUGGCGAUGAUGCUUAUAAUGAUGCUCUUCAAGGGAAAGCAUAUAUUGCGCCCAUCUCGCCUUGGUUCUCGACUCAUUACGGUACCGAGGUCUCUUACAGCAAGAACUGGGUAUUCCCUUCCGAUCUCCUCUGGUAUGAACGGUGGAAGGAGAUCCUACGUCUCAGCCCUCGUUUUGUGGAGAUCCUCACCUGGAAUGACUAUGGCGAGUCGCACUAUAUCGGCCCGCUAUCGUCACCACACACAGACGACGGUGCCUCGAAGUGGGUGAUGGACAUGCCUCACAACGGCUGGCUCGACAUGGCAAAGCCUUUUAUCGCCGCCUAUAAAGCAGAGUCAAGAUUGCCCAUCAGAUUCAUCGAGGAAGAAAAGCUGAUUUACUGGUACCGGCCAACCCCGAAGGACGUCAACUGCGACGAAACCGACACAACGAUGCAAGGCACCCCCAACGAAUCCAUUGGCGACUUCACCCGCGGCCGACCUGACGGCGCCGACUCGAUGAAAGACGAGGUAUUCAUUGUCACGAUGCUGAAGUUGCCCGCGACUGUGAAGGUGAAGUCCGGCGAUAAGACUGAGACCUAUAUCGCUCCUCCAGGCAUCUGGUCACACUCGGUGCCGAUGGGCGUGGGCCCGCAGAAGUUCAAAGUCUCUCGCGGCUUCUUCACGGUUGAUGCUUUGUCGGGGACUAGCUUGAGGGAUGUUACUGACACUUGCCCCUGUGGCAUUUACAACUUCAAUGCUUAUGUGGGCACUCUGCCGGCGGAGGACUCUGUUGACCGGCUGCAGCCGGAUGGCUUGACUAUGCUGUCACAGGGGUUGCUGGUGACACCUCAGGUUAACGCCCUGGGGUAA